AUGCAGCGUUUGAGUGGUAGUGCGCUGAGUUCAGAAUUACUUAAAUCGCUUUGGUUACAACAUCUCCCAGUAGCCACGCAAUCCUGUCUUACCGUCACUAGUGGCACUGUGGAAGAGCUAUCUAAGUUGGCUGAUAAAAUCAUGGAAAUAGGACAACCACGGUCCGUCGCAACAGUUUCAAGUGACCCGACAGCUGAGUUACUGAAACAAUUAAUUAAAGAUGUGGCAGAGCUCAAAAUAGGACGCCAGUCACGAAGAGAAUAUGAUCAGAAGAGAAGUUCUAGGUCGAGAUCGCGCUCAACUUUUAAACCAUGGGUACCAGCGAGUGAUGGGUUAUGUUUUUACCACACCAACUUCAAACAUAAAGCAAAGAAAUGUGUAGAGCCAUGCAAGCAGUAUGCUGCUUUCAUUGCUAAAUCGGAAAACUAA